AUGGCUUUGGAAGAUCAGUUAAGAAGUUUGGAUCUUUCAAAUGAGUCUAAGCGCCAGGGUUCAAAAGAUGUGCUCCUAUACUUCAAGGAUAAUGAGACUCUUAAAUUAUCAACAAGCGAAUCCUUCAUGGAUUUGAGUGAAGUUGAAGCUGCUUUUCAAAGGCUUUUUAAAAUAAAUAAACUUAAUGAUUCUAAGAUUGAAGCUGCAAAUGAUAUAGAUACAGAAAUCAAAGCGCUUGUUGGUAAAGUUAAAUUGUCUCCUAUCAAUUAUAAAACUGCUGCUGAAGAUGAAGUUAAGAAUAAAGAACUAAAAGAUUUCUCACAAACAAUCGCUUUAUUAGCUGCAAAUUUUACUGUGAAUGAUUUCAUCAAAACUGAAAUUGACGAAUCUCUUAUUGAAAAAAUGACAAUGGUAUACAUUGAAAUAUUGAACUUGUUGAAAAAUUAUAAUUUUAGCUCCCCAAAUUUCUUACUUACAAGGGUUUCAUUAAUUAGUCCAUUAUUGAUCACAAUUUCUUUCUCAUACAAAUUAAGAAGUCCAACCAGUUCAUCUUUAAUGAAUAUACUUUCAAUUCUAUUUACUUAUUCAAUUAAAAACCCUGAUAUACUUCAAUCUGUGAUCAAGCUGUUUGCAAUUACUCCCACCACCAAUAUUGAAAUGUUUGAAGUCUUUAAUAAGCUUUGGGAAAGUACUUUAGAAAACUCUACUGGAAACCAGUUGAAUGAUAGACAAUUACCAGGACCUAUUUCAAUUUCAAAUAGGAUCAGUCAUCUCCAGGGUUAUGAAAUAUCCACUACAUUAUUGAAUACUAUUUUCCCAUAUUCUCAAAAUCAAUACAUUCGUCAAUUAUCGAGAAACACUUUGAAAAUUCAUUCAAUUUUAACAAAUAUCAAAGCAGGAAAUAAAAUUUCCAAACACUUAACAGAAUUAGUUAGUUUCACAUCUGAUAAUUGCACUGCUGAGACUUUAGCCAUCCUUUUACAAACUUUGAAUUUGCAAGAUACAUUUUUAGAUCUAUUUGGGGAUGAAAAUUUUACUAAUCAGUUAGGUUAUAUUUUUUCCAAAUUAUCACAGACAUCAAUUCCUAUUGGUAGGCAACCUUUGUUAAAUAAAUUACAAAAAAGCGUUUUGGAUAAAGAUAUUUUGAGCCCAUUUGAAACUUCACUUAAUAUGAGAUACAAGGUGUUAAUAGAAAUUAUCGACCACAACACAGCUAUUGAUUUUCAAAAAGAGGCUUCAUGGUCAAUAUCAUUGAUGAACUCCUUAUAUUUGAUCAAAAGUGAUUUCGAUUUGGUCAAGUCACACAUGGCGCUAUCUGAUCUUGGAUCAUCGUUAAGCUUACCUGCUAUUAUCAUCAAAGUUUCAUUUAUUUUAUCUGAUGCCAUUUUGAAAAUUGUCAACCCAUCAAGAGAAAUUUCAACUCAUUUAAAGCAGAAUAUAACAUUCAAUAAUUUACCACCUUUACCAAUCUCAGAUUUCUUAGACUUCUCAAAUGUUUUCAUAUCACAAUCACAGGUAAAUUUGGGAAAUUUGCAAAGACUUUUAGACUCAUUGCAUUAUUGUUCAUCAAUCUUGAAUGAUAUUCACAUGAAAUACAACGAGUUCAAGGAAUUCAUUCACCCUGUUCAAAACCUUGAGGGCAAAGACGAUGAUCUUGAAUUUCAAGCAACUGAUAAAUACUUGUUGUUGAAUUACAGCUCCUUAUUCUCUACAUUGACUCUUGCAGAUGAGUUAUCACAAAAGUCAAAAGGUUAUGGUGAUUUGGGUUAUUCAUCAGUAUUCUUUGAUCUCAGUUCAAUAGGCAAGACUUUACAACUCCAAGUCUUCAAAGUAUUUGAAAGCAUCUUCAAACUUUAUGACACAUUUGCAUUUUUCAAAUUAAUUAAAUUGAUCAUGAAGAUUAGUAUGAAUGACCUUGAGUUACAAAAAUUUUCUAUUAAGUUAUUGAAUCAUUUGGUCUUUCAUUCAGGCAAUGGUCUCAAAAUAAAGAUUGAAAACAAUGAGCUUAUAAUGAGACUCUUGACCCAAUUUGUUUCCUUAUGGAGUGAUAAUUCUAAUGAAUACAUUAGAUUUGAAAGAUUUUUGAAUAUCCCAACCACAACAUCUAAUGAUUCUGUGAUAUUUGAUACCAAAUACUAUUUAAAUGUAUUGGGUUAUGAUGAUCAUGAAAUUUUACCUAUGGCAUCACCAGCAACAGCAACAAGUACCCAUUCCUCUUCAGAUAGCUACAGCUUCACAAGUAAUAAUACUAAUAAUGGCUUCAAUAUUAGUAAUAACAGUCAAUCAAUCCCAACUCCAGGUACAUUGAACAAUAGCACAUUCACUAAACAACCAACUUUGCAAGACACUUCUUAUUUUAACAACCCAAAUUACAAUUAUAGCACCAAUCAACAAUUUAAUAACAAUAACAAUAACUUUAAUCAAUUUCAAAAUACAAACGGACCAUUAUCAACUGGCGCUAUGGACUACGGUUAUAGAACGAGCAACAUCAGAAAUGUUCAGUCUUUCAUCCCACAAACUUUCGUUGGUCAAAAUCAAAAUAUCAGAUCCCAAUCCGUCCAUGUUGAUCAAUAUAGUAAUUUUGAAUGA